AUGGUUUUAAAAUAUAAAGACCAGGAAAUCGUGUCACUCGGUGAUAUCCAACGGCUUACAGCCAAGGAUUUACGCAUUAUUUUGCGAUCCCAUUCAGAGUCGCCAGGUGGGACGAAGGCUGAUUUGGUGUUAAAAGUCUACGCAUUGCUGAUGCGAGAGAUUUUGCCAUCAGCUGCGAAUAGCGACGACACUGGAAGUAGUGGACCAAGCAACGAGGAGUUCACAUACGAUUCGACGAUGAGAAGGAUUUUGGCACUGGGAUGGUCGACAGAUCUAAGAAAUUUACCUGAAAUGAACUUUAUUCAGUUAUACGAUUACGUUGUGGUAUCCACGCGCAAGUAUCGUCAUAUCGUUCUAAAGGGAACUAACUACAAGAAACUCAAGUCUUACCAGUUCUUUUUUGAAGGAAAUGUUAAGAAGUUAGAAUGCAAAAACCACAACAACAAAAGGUACGUUAGGGCGAAUGUUUUACCUUCGAUGAAGAAGACACCAUACCGAGUUGUUGUAGAGUUCUCACCUACUUGCGAUGUUUUGCGCGCUGCUUGUACUUGCCCUGCUGGACUUGGAUUGCAAGGCAAGGGAAAGUGUAAUCACGUCGGAGGGGUUCUUUUUGCCAUCGAAGAUUUUUCCAGGAGAGGUUUACAACAAAACCCAGAGCCUUUAACCUGCACGUCCCGCCUGUCAGUCUGGAUUGUACCGCGAAACCGCUUGACAAAGUACUGA